UCCCCCCCUGGAAAUACAAGAAGACUGAGAUCUACAAUGAUAAUAACUCCCAAAUGGGAUUAAACCAUAUUUGUAUAUCCAUCUAAUGAGCAGAAACGUCUAAGACUUGUUCCUCAACACAAUUCCACAACUUUAAGUGUCCUUCACUGGAUGACAGAGUCACAUUUAGAGUUCUUUCGGGGUGAGGAGCAUCCAUGCACAUUUCUUGACCAGCAUGUUCCAUGUGGAGUACCAUGAGGAGAUGGACUGUGAGUAACGGUGUGUCUGGAUGCUGGUCGCUGUUUGUACUGUACCUUCUCGCCGCCUCCGUGAUCGACGCGUCCACCGGCACCUGUCGCAGCGCGUGUGGGUUGCAGCGGGCGCACCGGGCCGCCAACUCCACAUCCAUCUCCUCAUCCGGCCGGCAUGUGCGCAGCUACGUACAUCUACAGGGAGACGUGCGCCAGAGGAAACUCUUCUCCUUCCAGAAGUUCUUCCUCAGGGUCGGGAAAGACGGGACAGUGAACGGCACCAAGAGUAAAGACGAUCCGUACAGUAUUCUGGAGAUCACUUCAGUGGAUGUUGGUAUUGUUGCUAUCAAAGGUCUUGGAAGUAACCACUACUUGGCUAUCAGCAAGAAGGGAGAGUUGUAUGGAACGAGAAACUACGGUAUGAACUGCCGUUUGAAGGAGCGAAUCGAGGAGAAUGGGUAUAACACAUACGCGUCUGCACAGUGGAAGAACAAGAGACGGCAGAUGUUUGUCGGUCUGAACGCACAUGGAAGGCCUCUCCGUGGGAGAAAAACUCGCAGGAGGAACACAGCGACACACUUCUUACCCAUAGUGGUGUGACUUUUUGCGUUCAUAAUGCUGACGGGACAGAGAGAGAUCAAAGCAAGAUGAGGAUAAAGACUUUCUCCAUGUACAACUCUCUCUAUAGCAGCUGCGCUUCUUUAAAAUGGGUUCGGUGAUUGUUUGCUCCUUUGUUGCUUUUUGGGUCAUGGCACUAGAUGAAACGUACCAGUUGAUAUAAAGUGGUAAACAUGUGCAACUGAGGCAGAUCAAUGAAUGUGCUUUUCAUUCCAUUGUGAAGCAGAUCGGUUAUCUAAAGUUAUGGGUUAUGUGUGAAAGAGUUUUCUUCAAGCUCUUAAUAAUAGGAUCACAUUUCUAAAAAGGUCUGUUUACUUUUAUUUGUAAUAGACGGAAGACUGCAAUUCUUGUAGGAGCGGCUCUAAAGCUACAUGCACGACACAGAAAGAUGGUGAGAGAAAGAGAAACUUGGUAUACACUGGCCUCAAAAGUAUUAGGACACCUAAGCCGCACUUACAAAUGCAUGAAUGCUGUUGCAUUAUAUAACAAAAUAUCAACCCAAGUGGAAUUUAUUUAAAAGAUAUGUAGCACAAGCGCAAUUCUCAAGCAAAACAAUUCACAAAAAGAAGUUUGUUCGAUUUUAAAUGACAAAACAAUUGAUUUACUGUUCUAAAGUGAAUAUUUGGACACUAUCUGGUGGUCAAACGUUAGUGGAACAUGUCCAUAGUUAAUGAGAUGAACAACACCUCUGCUAGGACACCUGAUUUACUGAUGCAUUUUAAAGUGUGGUUUAAGUGUCCAAAUACGUUUUGGGGCCACUGUGUACAGUAUAUCAAACUGUUCUGGACUGCUUUGAAUUGAAUUAUUUAUUUGUAUUGUAUUUAAGUAAAAUACUAUAAAAACAUAUUAAAAGCAUAUAAAAUGGAUAACAAUCCUCUAUUUCCUGUUAAAUAAAAUCUAUUUUGUUAUC